GGGGCGGGAGAGCGCAGCGCGGCGGAAGCCGGAGACGGCGGGAGCGCCGGUGGCUGGCCCCGGGCAGGAGCCGGGGCGGCGGCAGCGGCCGAGAGGACCGCGGCGAGGGAAGCGCAUCCAGCGGCCCCGGCGGCGGCGGGGGCCCGGGUCCCCGCGCCCGGGCGGCCGGCGGGCGCGGGCGGCGCGAUGGAGCCGCAGCACGUGCGCCCCGCGCCCGGCGCCCGCAGCCCGGCCUGGGAGGAACCGGGCGGUGCUGUGUCCCCGCAGGAAUCGGAGAGGAUGGCCGGGGCCGGCGGCCAGCACCACCCUCCGGGCGCCGCGGGAGGAGCGGCCGCCGGGGCCGGCGCCGCGGUCGCCCCCGCCGGUGCCUCGGCGGGGCCCGGAGACGAUUCUUCCGACAGCGAAGCGGAGCAAGAGGGACCCCAGAAACUGAUCCGCAAAGUGUCCACCUCGGGGCAGAUCCGGACCAAGACCAGUAUUAAAGAGGGACAGCUAUUGAAGCAAACCAGUUCUUUCCAGAGGUGGAAAAAGCGUUACUUCAAACUUCGAGGCCGUACACUUUAUUAUGCAAAGGACUCAAAGUCUCUGAUAUUUGAUGAAGUCGACCUCUCAGAUGCCAGUGUAGCUGAAGCAAGCACCAAAAAUGCUAACAACAGUUUCACGAUAAUCACUCCCUUCAGAAGACUAAUGCUGUGCGCUGAGAACAGGAAGGAAAUGGAGGAUUGGAUGAGCUCACUGAAGUCUGUCCAGACCAGAGAGCCUUACGAGGUGGCCCAGUUUAACGUGGAACAUUUCUCAGGGAUGCAUAACUGGUACGCUUGCUCCCAUGCCCGACCCACUUUCUGUAACGUGUGCAGAGAGAGUCUUUCUGGAGUCACCUCCCACGGCCUGUCCUGCGAAGUGUGUAAAUUCAAGGCUCACAAAAGAUGUGCAGUGAGGGCAACAAAUAAUUGCAAAUGGACGACUCUGGCCUCCAUUGGGAAGGACAUCAUAGAGGACGAAGACGGAGUAGCUAUGCCUCACCAAUGGCUAGAGGGUAACUUGCCCGUGAGUGCCAAAUGUGCUGUCUGUGACAAAACAUGCGGGAGUGUUCUGCGUCUACAAGAUUGGAAAUGCCUUUGGUGUAAGACAAUGGUACACACUGCCUGCAAAGAUUUAUACCAUCCUGUGUGUCCCCUUGGCCAGUGUAAAGUGUCUGUCAUACCUCCAAUUGCACUGAACAGCACCGAUUCUGAUGGUUUCUGUAGAGCGACAUUUUCAUUCUGUGUUAGUCCUCUAUUGGUUUUUGUCAAUUCUAAGAGUGGAGAUAAUCAGGGAGUAAAGUUCCUUCGUCGAUUUAAACAGUUGCUAAAUCCGGCUCAGGUGUUUGAUUUAAUGAACGGAGGUCCUCAUUUAGGUUUAAGAUUAUUCCAGAAGUUUGACAACUUUCGAAUUCUUGUUUGUGGAGGAGAUGGAAGUGUAGGUUGGGUUUUGUCAGAAAUUGAUAAGCUCAACUUGAAUAAACAGUGUCAGCUGGGAGUAUUGCCCUUGGGUACAGGAAAUGACCUUGCCCGCGUUCUGGGCUGGGGAGGUUCAUAUGAUGACGACACCCAACUUCCUCAGAUACUAGAGAAGCUGGAACGAGCCAGUACCAAAAUGCUAGACAGGUGGAGUAUAAUGACCUAUGAACUCAAGUUGCCUCCAAAAGCUUCUCUACUUCCAGAACCUCCAGAAGCAUCCGAAGAAUUUUAUAUGACAAUUUAUGAGGACUCAGUUGCAGCUCAUCUCACAAAAAUCCUCAAUUCUGAUGAACAUGCCGUGGUCAUAUCAUCUGCCAAGAUCCUAUGUGAAACCGUAAAGGACUUUGUUGCCAAAGUAGAGAAGGCAUACGAAAAAACGUUGGAAAAUGCUGUUGCAGCUGAUGCUGUGGCCAAUAAAUGUUCAGUCCUAAAUGAAAAGCUUGAACAACUGCUUCAAGCUUUGCACACAGAUUCCCAGGCUGCCCCCGUUCUCCCAGGCAUCAGCUCUCUCAUUGUAGAAGAAGAUACCGUGGAAUCUUCCAGUGAAGAAUCUUUGUGUGAAAACAAAGAACAACUCACCGAUGACCCUGCAAAACCUUCCUCCCAGAAAGCUGUGAGACCAAACGAAAUAAUGUUGCGGGCAAACAGUUUAAAGAAAGCAGUGAGGCAAGUCAUUGAAGAAGCCGGCAAAGUUCUGGAUGACCAGAGUGUUCACCCUUGUGAACCAGUUAGCCAGUCAUUCGAAAAUGAUAGCACAGAAACAGAUGAAUCUAAAGAAGAAUCUAAAGAUGAUGGUGCAAAAGAGCCUUCAACUGUUAAAACUGCACCUGCACCUCGGUCUCCAGAUGGCCGGGCAAGUCGUUCCCAAACUGACUCUGGCCCUGGUCCAGCUGUGGCAACCAGCAAAGAAAACCUGCCUGUGCUCAACACCAGAAUAAUCUGCCCAGGUUUAAGAGCAGGAUUAGCUGCCUCAAUUGCUGGGAGUUCUAUUAUCAACAAAAUGUUACUGGCAAAUAUUGAUCCUUUUGGUGCAACGCCAUUUAUUGACCCAGAUCCAGAUUCCGUAGAUGGAUAUUCAGAAAAAUGUGUCAUGAACAAUUACUUUGGGAUUGGAUUAGACGCAAAAAUUUCAUUAGAAUUUAAUAAUAAGAGAGAAGAACACCCUGAAAAAUGCAGGAGCCGAACUAAAAAUUUGAUGUGGUAUGGAGUCCUCGGAACCCGGGAGUUAUUACAAAGGUCGUAUAAGAAUUUAGAACAGAGAGUUCAACUUGAGUGUGAUGGGCAGUAUAUCCCUCUCCCCAGUCUGCAAGGAAUAGCAGUGUUGAACAUUCCCAGCUAUGCCGGAGGCACCAACUUUUGGGGUGGAACUAAAGAAGAUGAUAUAUUUGCUGCACCAUCAUUUGAUGACAAGAUCCUGGAAGUCGUUGCAAUAUUUGAUAGCAUGCAAAUGGCAGUUUCCAGGGUCAUUAAACUGCAGCAUCAUCGAAUAGCCCAGUGCCGUACGGUAAAAAUCACUAUAUUUGGUGAUGAGGGAGUCCCAGUGCAGGUAGAUGGCGAAGCAUGGGUUCAGCCUCCAGGGAUUAUCAAAAUUGUGCACAAAAACAGAGCUCAGAUGCUAACAAGGGACAGGGCUUUUGAAAGCACUCUAAAAUCUUGGGAAGAUAAACAGAAGUGUGAUUCCGGUAAACCAGUUCUUCGAACCCAUUUGUACAUCCAGCAUGCCGUUGACUUGGCAACAGAGGAGGUAUCCCAGAUGCAGCUAUGCUCCCAGGCGGCAGAGGAGCUCAUCACUAGGAUCUGUGACGCAGCCACCAUCCAUUGUCUUUUGGAACAAGAACUGGCCCACGCUGUGAAUGCGUGUUCCCACGCACUGAAUAAAGCCAACCCGCGGUUCCCAGAGAGUCUUACGAGAGACACUGCCACUGAAAUAGCCAUCAAUGUGAAGGCACUGUAUAAUGAAACAGAAUCUUUACUAGUUGGCAGGGUUCCUUUGCACUUAGAAUCCCCACAUGAAGAGCGGGUAUCUAAUGCCUUACAUUCUGUGGAGGUGGAGUUGCAGAAGUUAACAGAGAUUCCUUGGCUUUAUUAUAUCUUACAUCCAAACGAAGAUGAGGAACCCCCCAUGGAUUGCACCAAGAGAAACAGCAGAAGCACAGUAUUUCGUAUAGUGCCAAAAUUUAAAAAGGAAAAGGUUCAGAAACAGAAGACAGGUUCACAGCCUGUUCAAAAAUGGGGCACAGAGGAAGUUGCUGCUUGGCUGGAUCUGCUCAGUUUGGGAGAGUACAAAGAAAUCUUCAUCCGUCAUGACAUCAGAGGGGCUGAACUUUUGCAUCUGGAAAGGCGAGAUCUUAAGGACCUGGGGAUAACGAAAGUGGGCCAUAUGAAGCGAAUUCUCCAGGGAAUUAAAGAGCUUGGAAGGAGCACUCCCCAGUCUGAGGUGUAAUCACAUUGGUGCUAUUCCUUGGAAGGGAAGUAAUUGCUACUUAAUACAAAGCUCUUGGAAGCAGUUGUCUGUUUCUGUAGUCUUCUGCCUAGAAAAGUAAGCACCACUGAGCACCUCUGUGGCUCGAUAUUUUGCUGUGGGUGAAAAUUUUGAUUUGAGGUAUUAGAAAAUAUUUUCGUGCCAAAAAAAUACAUUCCACAAAGCCAUUUCCUAAUUGUGCAAACUUGACAUGUUAAAAUAUGCUCAUAUAAGUAAGAAGGUAGGAGGAAUCUGAGACAAUUGCAUUGUCUAAAAGAUGGAAAUGUUUACUUUCCUUAAACCUGGUCAGAUGGAAUGUUCUUACUCUGUGACUGCAUAACAAUAUGUGGCUAAAACUCUUAGGUUUCACUAUUGGAGGCAUUGGCUUCUUCCUUAAAAUAGUUGGUUAGGAGAUCAAGAUGUAAAUUAAGCUGUGUUUUGAAUGUUAGAUGGGUAUCGCCUCACUUUGCUAGCAUUCAGUGGUCAUAGAAUAUGGUUAAAACCCCUGAAAUAUUAUGAAUGAAUGCAAAUCUUAAUGCACGACAUUCCUGCCUGAAUUGUCUUUCUUUUUCUUGCAUGUCACAUGUAAUAUCUUAAAACUUGGCUUCCAUGUCAGUUUUAAUGUAAUUUAAUUUAUUACUGCCUAAGUACCUUUUUGUUGGUUAAAGGCACUUUUCUGUUCUUUGAUGUGGGAUUUUGGAUAAAUAUUCUGUAUCUGAGAAUUUGUGAACACGUGUCUGUGCCAUAAUCAACAAAUGAUACACAUUUUAUGCAAGCCAAUUUUAUGUCACUCUAUUAUCAACACUAGGUAUGCACAGUAGGAAAAUUUUCUGGAUAUUUUCAUAAAAGUAUGUGUUCUAUUGCCGAACAAAACUUGUUAUAGCUUCCCAAACCAAAAUUCCCACAUUUUGUUCUUAUUUUUGGUUUUAAUUUAGUGUUUAUUCAAUACUCUGUUUGUAUUUGUAAUAUAGUGGGCUGUUGACAUCCAGUUUUCUGAAGGUCUCAGCUGGGAUUUGUAUACUGAUCGUAUGCCGAUUGGUCACCCAGACUUAUCCACUAGCUAGAGUGACUACUGACACAACUUCCCAACAAGAGAUUUACAUUUUUUCUUAAGGGCUUUUAUCUCAUCUCAUUCUUAUACCAUUAUUACUAUUAUCUCACCUAAUUCUUAUAUCAGGCAGGUAUUAUUUGCUUGUUUCUAAACCACUCUACUUCAGUGUAGCUCAUUAGGAGUCAACAUUACAAUUAUCAAAUCUUUGAAAGCCAAAGGCAUACGUGUUAAAAAGUCACCGAAAUAUCCUCAGACCAUCUUUCUUUAGGCGUUAUGUACCAAAAAUUAAUUGUAAUAUUUCAAAAUCUCCUAUAUAAGAGAAGUAAACAGGGUAUUGACCCAGUGGUAACAAUUUUCAUUAAGUAGCCUUCUAAGCAGGUGCUCUGUAGAUACAAAUACACACACAUACACAUAGACACAUAUAUGUGUCUAUACACAUACACCGUGUUUGUAUAUUCAUGCUUAACACACAUAAUCUUGAAAUGUACUCUCACUGAUAUUUUCUAGACAAUUAUUUGCCAAAUGCUUAAUGAGAAAUAUUAACGGGAAAGCACUUAAGAUGAACUAUUGUCAGACAUAAUUUAAUUGUAUCAAAGAAGUUUAAACAUUUGACACUUUAUUCUUAUUUAUACAUUGCAUAUUUACUAGUAAAAUCACAAAAUUAAGACAUCUUAAAAAUAAAUGAGCCUGAUGGGUUCCUGACCAAAUAUGUCUGACUAUAUAUUCUACCUGUCUAAGUUGUGAAUAAAUAGAAAAUUUUCAAAGGAAAUUAUAUCAAGUAGCAUGAAAGAGUAAAAAGCCACUCACUUAGUAAGUGUAUUGUUACCCUCAGCUAUGAAAUCAAAGGGCUUCUCUUCCAGUCCCUUGAUAAUCCGCACCCCCUGUCCCCUGCAAGUUGUCCCUCUCUCUUCCAGGCACUUCCCUGUGAAAUUAAAAUAGAGAUGGCAGAGUCUCGGAAUUCUGCUGAGGUCACAGAUACCUGUCCAGCUCUACCAAAAAGGGAAAUGUAUAGGUGCAGAGAGGCAUGGGACUCACGAAUGAAUUUUGGGUUGAUUUUCACUCACCCAAAAUACCCCUUUGCCAAUAGAAGAGACUUAAGCUAUUACAUGUUCAGAAUUUGAGAGUAAGAUGUAAAUGAUUAAUAUUUUUUUGGCUGAUGUUGAUCUUUUUACUCUUAGGUAAUAACUCUUUAUGUUGUAAAACCUCAGUUAAUAGACUCUUAACUAGAGUUUUCCUGCAGAUGGCUUUUGGAUGAGGAAAAUCCUUUAAAAUGACAAUUUCAGUAUCUUUUUUUUUUUUUUUUUUGUCGUUAAAUUAGAGCAAUCUUUCCUGUAUGCUUUGUCUAUGCAUGGCUGUGUAGGACCCACAUGACUCUGCCCACACCUGUUUGCCAGGAUAGUAUCCUCAGAGCCUCCUUAGGCCCCUGUCAGCCUCACAGAGGAGCCAGCUUCUUACAGUAGAUGGAGCUAUAAAUAGAAAGUAGAAAGAGCUUCUCUCUGGGAUCUCUGAGGUGAUCCCAGCUCAGGGGAGUGCAGUUGUGGCCUCUGUACCCUGGUCCAUUCAGAAGCUGAGGUGAGAAGCUUAAGCCUACUCUUGACUGUCAGCUGUAACUGUACUGUUCCUCCCUGCUAUGCUCUCCCACACCUGGAUAAUUUGGGAGAGGUGAAGGGGAACCACAGCCAGCAUCCAUUUCCUUCAAGUCUUAUUUCCGUGAGGAAGAACUUGCCUUUUUUUUUUUUUUUUUAAAGAUUUUAUUUUUAAGUAAUCUCUCUACGCAACAUGGGCCUUGACUCACAACCCCGAGACUGAGUCACAUGCUACAGUGACUGAGCCAGCCAGGCAUUCCAAAACUUGCUUUUCAAGAAGGAAAGGGACAGGGUCAGGCCUAAGUAAAAUUUCAAAGGACUCAAUUCUUCCCUUCAGUGUUAUUCCACCUCCCUUUCUGAGUUUCCUUGCCAGCUUUUGGCCUCCCAUUUCCCACAUGCCCAAUGCACUGAUGGUUGCUCAGAUUCUCACUACUCUUUGUUACCCUUUCUUCAUCAACUUCCAUACUACAGAAUGACUGCUUUCACCUCUCCCCGCUUGAGUGCCUGUUGCGGAUCCUCUGAACAAAGUGCUAGGAAGAAAACAAUUUAAAGAAAACUAAUUUUACAGUUCACAUUUUAACAAAGGAAACUUGCUAAUCUAAAUGAACCGACGGGUUAGAUGAUUUCAGGACCGUGAUAUAGAUUGCUCUGGCUGAGAAGAGAUGACCUGUGAAUGUCGAGACCCUUGCUGUCCAGUAUUAUAGGCACUAGCCACAUGUGGCUGUUUAAAUUUACAUUAAUUUAAUUAGAAAGUUAAUUUCUCCAUUGCACCAGCCACAUUUCAAGUGUGCAGUAACUACAAUAGACAGGGCAGGUGUUAAACAUUUCCAUCAUUGCAAAAAUCGUACUGGCCAACACUGGUCUAGAUCAUUGCUACUCAAACGUGGUCCCUGGGCCAGCAGCAUCCAUGCCACCUGGGAGCUUAUAGAAAUGCAGAAUUUCAGGUCCCCUCCAGACCUACUGAAUUUCAAUCUUCUUUGCAAACAAGAUUUGGUGGUGGUUAGCACUGGCCUAGCCACAUUUUAUCGCUCCCAGAUAUUAGGGAUCCGAAUGCUUCAAAAAGCCCUCGAAUAGCUCACUCCCCAACACACUACUUCCUAGAAAUCCCAGAAAGGAGCUUUAGCUCAUUCAUCACCUUUGCUAAGUUUUUUUCUGAAUGCUUAUUCCUAAUUCUGGUUCUAGAUAAACCCUGCCUACCCAGGAGUUGUAUUUGGGUAGCUAAGAUAGAAAGGGGAUGGGCUGGCAGGCGUAACUGGCCUCUCUCCAGCUCCCUACCUCAUGUUGAAGUCACUAACAAUCUACAUUUGCUCAGUUUCUUGCUAAUGUCACAUUCUCAUUUGUUCACAACUUAAGUCACAGGGAACAUUUCAGAAGAAUAUGUAAGGAGAUAAGUAAAGACCAGGUCAGUCUCCUACAGCUCGGUACAUUUCACUUUCUCUUAUCAGCAGAUUAUCCUGUU